AUGCCAGAAGUCACAAACUUUUGUCUUCCUGGUCUUCUGUCUCACCUAAAGCACACGUCGGCUUUCAUUCAUGAUGUGUUUGAGUUCUAUGAAGAAAACCUUAGCUGUCGAUAUCCAUAUACCCAAUACAAACAGGUUUUUGUGGAUGAGGCAUAUGAUGAUAAGAUGACUUAUGCUUCUAUGUCAAUAUUUAACACAAGUCUUCUCCACUCCUCAAAAAUUAUAGACCAGACUUUCAUAACAAGAAGAGUUCUAGCCCAAGCUUUAGCUGAACAGUUUUUUGGUUGUUAUAUAUGCAUGCAGGACUGGUCUGAUGCAUGGUUGUGUUCAGGGAUAUCAGGAUAUCUUUAUAGUUUGUUUGUGAAGAAGGUUUUUGGAAAUAAUGAAUAUAGACAUUGGAUCAUGAAGGAGAAUGAGUGUGUAUGUAAGUAUGAGAUGGAAGGACCAGGUCUCCCUCCACUUCACAGCCCUCUAGGUACCAGCUCAGCAUCAACCAGUUCUUCAUUAACUUCUCCUCCUAUCGUACCAUCAUCAACACCAUUCUCAGCCAUCCAUCUCCAUCCUCAUCUGAUUGGCGUGAAACAGAAGGAAGUCGCCUGGAGUAAGGCUCACCUAGUUAUUAGAAUGAUUGAGAAUCGUAUAGGACAAGAACCUUUGCUUCAGGUUUUCAACAAGCUUCUGUCUCUAGCAAACACUACUGCACAACCUAAAGUCGACCCAAGCUUAUGGAAGAAUUUACUGCUAUCUACCACAGGGUUUCUUAAGUCAAUAUCAACUGUGUCUGGAAAAGAUAUUAAUGUAUUUAUCGACCAGUGGAUAUGCCACAGUGGCAUAGCUAAAUUUCAUGGCAGCUUCGUCUUCAAUCGCAAAAGGAAUAUUGUAGAGCUGGACAUCAAGCAAGAUUUAUCACGUGGUACAACUAAAUAUGUGGGUCCACUUACUGUGUGUAUACAAGAAUUAGAUGGAUCGUUUAAUCAUACUGUACAGAUAGAAGACAUAUCCAGUCGACACGAGCUGCCGUGUCACUCCAAAAGCAGAAGAAACAAAAAGAAGAAGAUUCCGCUGAUGACUGGCGAGGAAGUUGACAUGAAUCUCGAUGCAAUGGACUCUGAUUCACCUGUUCUCUGGAUGCGUAUCGACCCAGAAGUCACGUGGCUCCGUCACGUGACGUUCGAGCAGCCUGAUUACAUGUGGCAGUACCAGCUACGUCAUGAGCGUGACGUCAUGGCACAAGCAAAAGCUCUUGAAGCACUUGAUCGAUUCCCAUCUCCAGCGACUCGUGAAGCUUUGAUUGACAUCGUAAAAAACAAGGAAUGUUUCUAUAAAAUACGGCAAGAUGCUUGUUACUGUUUGGCAAAGGUUGCCACAUCGACCGCUGAAAGCUGGGCAGGUCAUGCCGCUAUGAUGAACAUCUUCAAAAACUUCUUUUCCUCAAAAUCUUGUCCUCAGAUUAUUCGUUAUAACGAUUUCUCGAAUUUUAUAUCUUAUUUUAUUCUCAAGACUCUCCCAGUUGCCAUAGCAUCUAUACGUAAUAUCCAUUCACAGUGUCCACGUGAAAUUCUUCUAUUUUUACUUGAGUUGUUGAAAUAUAACGAUAAUCGCAUAAAUAAGUAUUCGGAUGGUUACUACAUUGCAGCAUUGAUUACUGCCUUAGCAAAGACAGUCACUGCUGGAGUAUGUAUGACUACAACCACAAGCACUGGAAAGCAUGUUGUCAAAUUGAAAGAAGACACGCAGGUUGUUUUAAGUGAGGUGACUCGACGUCUUAAUGUCGAGAAAUUGCUACCAUCCUAUCGAUACGUCGUCACAGUCAGUUGCCUAAAGGCUUUAAGAACUCUUCAAGUCAACGGACAAGUUCCAUCCGAUCCAAAGACCUACGAAUAUUACUCAAGUUAUGGUCAUUUUGAAGAUGUACGAAAAUGUGCUGUUGAGUGUCUUGUCGACUUUGCCAAAGUGGAGCAAAGUGAACGAGUUCUUAGUUUUCUACUAACAAUCGUUGAAAAAGACCCAGUUCCUUUUAUCAGGCAUUAUACACUAAGAUCAUUAGCUGAAAACCCUCCCUUCACACGCAAAGCCGAUUCACCUCUCUGCACCGAGAACAUCGUCGAACGGUUGUGGCAUAUAAUGAACACCGUUCACGACGCCCGUUUACGCUGUGAUGCAUCUGACCUGUAUAACUCUAUGUUCGGAAGGCUAACACCAACUUGUGUUCCACCACAGGGAAUGGGCAUCGUCAUUGACCUGAAAAAAGAGAAAAUUAUGAGUCUCUCGCCGCUUGCCAUGCCAUCAUCACCGGGUGGUUCUGUAAGUGRUGAAGAAUCCACAGCAUCGAAAACAUCUAAGAAAAGUCACAAAAGAAAGCGUAAGACAUCACGUCCACACUCGCCUACAGACAMCAGUCAUUUAGACUCUCAACCUGGAACCCCAUUGAGUGUGGAGUCUGCUUGCUCAGAAGGAAACAAGCUCAAAUUGAAAAUMAAGCUUGGAAACGACGAAAGUGGCGUUGAAAGCAGCGGGGAAGUCCAUCCUAAGGACGCUGGAGAAAGUGAACCAAAAAAGCACAAAAAGAAGAAAAAGAAACACAGACAUAAGGAUGAAAAAGGRAAACGCAAAAUGAGYACAAGCAGUAGUAAYUACGAUUCUCCACUGAUGUUCGACCCUAAUGUCUCAUCGACUCCUAUUUGACACCAAAGAAAUUUGUGUUGUAUUUAGGCAAAGCUAUUAUUUGUCUAAUAAGUCUGUAAUCAUACUUUAUUACUUUUAAGAUCUAAAAAUCUUCUCAGUCGAUAGAUAAUAUGCAAGAGAAUUUAUUGCGGAAUAUAUCUUUGAUUGUUUUCUUAAAAUCUACUGCAAGUGGCUAGUAUCCAUACAGCCUCGAGAUGUUUAAAAUGAUAAUAUAUUUUCUCGUUUACUUUUGAGUUUUUCUAGGACCAUAUCAUUUUAAAGUAGUUCAUGUCAUGAAAAUGAWGACUAAUCAUAUGUCAUGUUUUGAGCAAAAUUUUAACAAAAUGUAUUGAAACGAGGAAAAACAAACCAAAGAACCCCCAAAAAAUUAUGUAAAGAGAAAAAUGUAAAUAAAAUAAAUUAGAUCAGA